AUGCCAGGUGUCGGGUUUGUUCAAAUGGCCCCUGGGCGGGCGGCCGCUGCACCAACCCCGCAGCGACACAGUGUGUGCCCGCGUGCACCCUCGAAACGGGAACACGCGAAACUGUGUAGCUAUGCUCUGUGGAACUCUCGUAAGUCAGAGGCAGCGAAAGGUGGGCGACCACGCUCUCGUGCGGCGCAGACGCUGGAGGCGCUCCAACUAGCCCGCCGCCAGUGGGAACAUCAGACCUGGUCCGUUUCCUCACAAUCGAAUCGCGGACGACAGCGCCGACGAGAAUCUUUGGUACUCGUUUUGUUGGCCCCUGGUGUGAACUUCCGGUUGGAUGACAACACUGCCCUGAUUGACGGCAUCACUCGGGCUAGUCGGUACGGUUCACAGCUGGGCGUCGUGGUGCCGACGGCGGCCGUCGAGCGCUACCCGGCGAUGGUUCAGGACCUUUACGAUCAAGUGCAAAAACGUGGCAGCCAGCUAGGAGUGAUCGAUAAAGAGCGACUCGCAAAACUUCGCGCAGGGCUAGGCGAAGGCUUUCCGAUCGUCAUUCAGGCAUGCGUUGGCGCCGAACCCUUUCUUCAGGGACUGGCGCCCUGCCCGGUUUUUUGGAGCACGCCCACAAAAGCGGGUCAAGAGCCAGUGGAUGCGCCCCGAUGGAUGCCUCCCGCACUUGUAUCUCUUGAACCUUUAAAACUGCCGCUGACCCUAGCUAAUGGAACCGAGCCGACGGAACCUGACUUUCGAGAACGCUCCGUAUUGCGAGCAUUGCGGGAAGCGGCACCCUCGCAGACCCUGCCUGCACUCGAGCAGUGUUUCAAAUUGCCGUUAGAGCUCGCAGUACUUUCGAGGGUGCGGCUACGAUUCGAGUGGGAGAAGAUGCAUCGCCCGCGAGAGCCUGGGCAUCUGCAGGCCUGGCUCUGGGGUGGCGCGAUCUGUGCGCGUCUACUCGCCAGGAGUCCCCCAGCGUGCCACGCGAUCACCGUAUACGAUAUCCAUGGCAAUCAUAUGCGCGAGUUGCGCUGGGAUAGCCAACAUAACCGCUUCAGUUUCCGUGGACACAAUGGAGAUCAUGACUACGAAGCGGCUUUUUGGAGUUUUGCGCGCCGCAAGUGGCUCUGGUUGAAGCAGUCUUUCAUACCCGAGGAUGUCACUGCUGACUACUACGAAUUCGCCAAAUGGCGAGUUUUUCAACGACUCAUGUCGAGUACGGUUGGUGUCUUUGGGACGCAGGCCCUGCUGCUGGCCCUGGGUAUCAAAAGCGGCAACAAAAUCAGUCAGGCUGCAACGAUCAGUUGGGUCCUCAAAGACGGUCUCAGCCGAGUGGGUAAAAUGCUCUGGGCGAGCCAGCUCGGGCGGGACAUGGAUGCAGAUCCCAAACGCUUUCGAUUCGGUAGUGCGUUGCUCUACUCACUGGGAAACGGUCUAGAAAUUGCGACAAGAAUCGUUCCGCAGUCUUUUCUCCUCGUGGCCACCUUGGCGAAUACCGCAAAACUGUGUUCGAUGUUAACGGCUUCUGCUACGCGGAACGCCAUGUAUCGUUCGUUUGCGGACCGCAAUGAGAACAUCGCUGACAUCACGGCCAAGGGAGAGGCACAAAUAACAAUCGCGGAUCUCGGCGGGAUGGCGCUUGGGAUUCAGUUAUCCAAGAUCAUUGGAACCUCGCGCCCCAAAGUUGUAGCAACGUACCUGAUUCUGAGCACCAUUGAUCUGUAUGCAAUCUGGAAGGAACUUCGAGUGAUCGAGUUCCGUACGCUGAACUUGCAACGGUCGUCACUGGUCAUCGAGCAUUACCUCAAAACGGGAUGCGUCCCGACUCCGAAGCAGGUGAGCGCUGCGGAGCGGGUGGUGCUGCCCGAACCCAUUCCCCGCCACGCUUUCGUUGCAUUCUCGAAGCUAGUUCGCGACGAGCAGGAGGCCGAGCAGAUGAUCAAACGCUAUGGUUCAGCCAGGUUCCUGAUGCGCUACGGCGAGGUCCACUGGCCGUGGACGUGCCUCCAUUCGAGUCGUGGUGGCAUCGUUCUUCAUCGAGAUGCAGACCAACAAGAUAUCUUCCGGGCGAUUCUUUGUUGGAAUCUGCGCCGCUUAGGCAUCGUCCAAGAAGAAGAUGAGGUACUUGCUAGAGCGGAUGUGGUGAUGGAGCCACUACUGAAAGCUGCUCGCGAAGCAGGCUGGCGAACCUUUGUGUACCCAAAGUUCAAGCAUCGCGCGUUGUGGUAG